AAAAAAGCUUCACAUUUGUUGGAUCUUUUGCUCGUUCACGAGGUUGACACCCUAAGCACCAUGGAAGGUACUCAACUCCUUCUGGGGCCAAUCCUCGCACCCUUCAUCUUGGGAUUAACAACAAUCGUUUUACUCUAUUGGUUUGCUACGCGGAAGCAUGGUUAUUGGAAAGAAAGAGGAGUCAUAUACGAUAAGCCCCUGCCUUUCUUUGGAUCCCUCCUGCGAGCAUUUAGAAAGCCUGCUCAAGAUGUUGAAAUUGAAAGAUAUAAUAAGUAUGGACAAGUUUAUGGGCAUUUUGAAGGCUCUCGUCCUGUCAUCUCAAUAGGAGAUCCAGCCCUCUUAAAGAACAUAUUGGUCAAGGAUUUCCCUUCUUUUUCGUCCCGAAGAAAAUUUGAAGUUGGCGAUCCUGUUUUUGAUAAAAUGGUAUCCAUACUACAAGGCGAGGACUGGAAAAGGGUUCGCACCAUCAUCACUCCCACAUUCACAACGGGGAAAAUUAAGAGGAUGGUGAAAAUUUUCAAAGAAUGUGCAAAUACGUGUGUCACGAAUUAUAAAGCUUAUGCGGAACAAGGGAAACCUGUUGACUUAAAAAAAAUUUAUGGUGCUUUUACAAUGGAUAUCAUUGCAAGUUCUGCUUUUUCUACAAAGCUUGAUUCCCAUAAUGACCCAGAAAACAAAUUUGUAAAAGCAGCAAGAGAUGUUUUUACAAGGAACAUUAGCUGGAGAUUCGUUCUUUUUUUGGUAUUUCCAUGGAUCAUGAAAUAUUUACGAAUCAGCAUCUUCCCUCCAAAAGGAAUAAAUUUCUUCAAAAAUGUAACUUUGGAAAUUAUACAAGAACGGAAGAGAACAGGAAAGAAACGAAACGACUUUUUGCAACUUUUGAUGGAUACUGCAGAUGAAGUACAAGAACAAGAGCAACAAGACAACGAGAAAGAGGAUUUGACAGAAAAUUAUGGCAAAGAUGAUACAAAUCAUCAAGUGUUCAAGAGUGUUAGUAAGAAAUCUCUCUCUUACAAUGAGUUAAUAGCGCAGUGCAUUAUAUUCUUCUUGGCUGGGUAUGACACCACAGCUUCUACUUUAUCUUUUGCCAGCUACUUAUUGGCUCUUAAUCCAGAUGUACAGGAAAAACUGAUUGCUGAGCUGGAUGGAGCUUUAAAAGCCUCAAAUGGUGAAUUAACAUACGAUUCUCUUCAAGAAAUGAAGUAUUUGGAUAACGUAAUCUCUGAAACACUGCGAUUGUAUCCACCAGCAGUUAGGUUGGAGAGAGUUGCAGAACAGGACUACAUUCUAGGAGACACGGGAAUAACCAUUCCUAAGGAUAUGGUUGUAACAAUUCCAACAUGCGCCAUGCACAAGGAUCCAAAGCUCUUUCCCAAUCCCGAAAAAUUUGAUCCCGACAGAUUCAGUGCUGAAGAAAGAGCCAAGAGGGACCAGUACACGUACAUGCCUUUCGGAUCCGGACCCAGGAACUGCGUGGGCAUGCGAUUUGCCCUCAUGGAAAUCAAGGUGUGUCUCGCAUUCAUCCUCAGUAACUUCAGAGUCAAGAAAUGUCCACAGACUCAGGUUCCUCUGGAAUUUUAUAUUGGACAGCAGCUUUUACAGCCAAAGAACGUAACUGUUCAGAUGGAAAUUAGAAAAGAUGGCAUCAGAGCACAUUUUGCUUCACAUUUGCUCUUUUCUACGCUCGUUAACUGGGUUAAUAACAUUAACAGCAUGGAAGUUACUCAACUUUUGCUGGGGCCAAUCAUCGCACCCUUUAUAUUGGGGUUGACAACCAUAUUUUUGCUGUAUUGGUUAUCCACACGGAAGCACAGUUAUUGGAAAGACAGAGGAGUUAUUUACGAUAAACCUCUUCCAUUUUUUGGAUCUCUCUUGCAGUCAUUUACGAAGCCUGCUCAUGAUAUUGAAAUUGAAAGAUACAGAAAGUAUGGACGGUUAUAUGGGCAUUUCGAGGGAACUCAGCCUUUAAUAUCAGUCGGAGAGCCUGCCCUGUUGAAGAACAUAAUGGUUAAAGAUUUCGGUUUCUUUACGUCUCGAAGGAAAUUCGAGACUGGAGAUCCAGUGUUUGACAAAAUGGUUUCUGUAGUCCAAGGUGAAGACUGGAAAAGACUUCGCACCAUUAUCACUCCCACCUUUACCACAGGAAAAAUAAAGAGGAUGGUGAAUAUUUUCAAAGAUUGCUCAAAAACUUGCGUAGCUAACUUCAAAACGUAUGCGGAACAAGGGAAAUUUGUUGACUUAAAAAAGGUUUACGGUGCUUUCACGAUGGACAUCAUAGCUAGUUCGGCUUUCUCUACAAAGCUUGAUUCACAUAAUGACCCAGAAAAUAAAUUCGUAAAAGCAGCCAGAGAUGUUUUUACCAGUAACUUUAACUGGAGAUUUGCUUUUUUCUUGCUGUUUCCCCAAGUCGCGAAAUGGUUUCGUAUGCAUAUUUUCUCACCUAGCGGAAUGCAUUUUUUCAAGAAUUUUACUUUGGAAAUCAUCAAAGAGAGGAAAAGAACUGGAAAGAAAAGGAAUGACUUUUUGCAACUCUUGGUGGAUACCGCGGAUGAAGUAGAGGAACUAGAGAAACAAGAAGUUGAGAAGGAAAAUUUGACUGAAAAUUACGGCAAAGACGAUACAAGUCACCAAGUGUUUAAGGGUGUCAGUAAAAAAUCCCUCUCUUACGAUGAGCUAACAGCAAACUGCGUCAUAUUCUUCUUGGCUGGGUAUGAUACCACUGCCUCUACCUUGUCCUUUGCUAGCUAUCUAUUGGCUCUUAACCCAGAUGUUCAAGAAAAACUUAUUGCUGAGGUAGAUGAAGCACUAAAAGCAUCUAAUGGUGAAAUUACAUACGAAUCUAUACAGGGGCUCAAAUGCUUGGACAACGUUAUUUCCGAAACUUUGAGACUGUAUCCGCCUGUUAGCAGGUUGGAAAGACUUGCAGAACAAGACUACAUUCUAGGAGAUACGGGAAUAACAAUACCGAAGGAUAUGAUUGUAACGAUUCCAACGUGCGCUAUGCACAAGGAUCCGAAGCUUUUCCCCAAUCCUGAAAAAUUUGAUCCUGAUAGGUUCAGUGCUGAAAAGAGAGCUGAAAGAGAUCAAUACGCUUACAUGCCUUUUGGAUCGGGACCUAGAAAUUGCAUUGGCAUGCGAUUCGCCCUCAUAGAAAUGAAAGUUUGUCUUGCGUAUAUGCUUAGUAACUUCAGGAUCAAGAAAUGUCCACAAACUCAGGUACCUCUGCAAUUCUACAAUGGGCAGCAACUUUUACACGCUAAAAAUAUAAUUGUUCGAAUGGAAAUCAGGAAGGACGGCAUUAAAGCCCACUAGAAAUCGUCAUAUCGAAGGAAAUGUGAUGGAAACGUAAUUACAAGAACAUGUUUACGUAGUAAUAAGCUCAAAACUUGAUAUUAUAUAUAAAAUAUUUCUUACGAAGAACUUCGUCAUAAUUUUUUCUUCAUCAGCUUUUUUUUUAACCUUAAUUGCAUUAUUUUUAUUGGAAGUUAAUAUUUUAUAUUGUCACACUGUAGAAAUUUUGAGCUAUUUACUUCAAAAUAAA